UGCAAUCGUUUAGUCGUCCUGUGAAGCUAGGGAAAUGAGAGCUAACACGUGGAAAUAGUGAUUCGCCGUAUUUUGCUUUUACUUCAGGGUGGUUUAGUGCCUUUUAUAACUGUGCCUUGUCAACAGCGGCUCUGUAUAAUUCUCCGAAGGUGACAGUUAGUUGCAGCUGACUGGUGAGCUGGUUAACCUGGUUUAUUAUGGCGGACAACGGAGACGAAGACUCUCUGUACAGAAUUAAAGAGGGUGACUAUGUUGUGUUGAAACGGGGAGAUAUCUACAAAGCUGUGCAAAUUCAAACAAAGAAGAAGGUGAUUUUUGAGAAGCAGUGGUUCUUCCUGGAUAAUGCUGUGGGACAGUUGUACAGCAGCACAUUUGAGAUCGUGGCUGGAGGAACCCUGCAGCCACGGAUGCCCAAGAACACAGAGAGCUCCUCAGAUGCAAAGGAGGCAGGAAUAGACAACAGAAACAUUGUAGAUGAUGGAAAAUCCCAGAAGCUGACCAGAGAUGACAUUGAAACACUGAAAGAGCAAGGUCUGAAGGGUCAGGAAAUCAUUCAGCAGCUUAUAGAUAACAGCUCAACAUUCAGAGAUAAGACUGAAUAUGCCCAGGAUAAAUACAUCAAGAAGAAAAAGAAGAAGUAUGAAAAUACUGUGACGAUUCUAAAACCUUCCUGCCGCAUCCUGGCAAUGAUGUACCAUGGCCGGGAACCGGGGAAGAUCUGCCACCUGCGGUAUGACACACUCGCCCAGAUGUUGACUCUGGCAAACAUCCACGCAGGCAGUAAAGUUUUGGUGUUUGAGACUUGCGCUGGCCUCGUGCUGGGAUCCGUCAUGGAAAGAAUGGGGGGCUAUGGAUCAGUGGUCCAAAUGUUCCCAGGAGGUGGACCUGUUCGGGCGGGUGUGGAGAGCUUUGGCUUCCCUGCACAUUUUCACGAUAUGCUGCAUGAGUUUCCCAUCUGCCAUGUCAAUGCUCUGCUGGCAGGCACUCUGGACACCACGGCCAAGGAUCCCAGUGCUGACUCAAAUCAGUCCAACAUUGCUGCAGAGGUGGCAGAACAGCAGGGCAGUCCAGAGGAACAGAGCAUGGAGACCAACAGUGGUGCAGAUGGAAGCCAUGACCAGGAGAAGGAAGAGAGGGAGAAACGCAAAGAAGCCAAAGCUCAGGAAAAAAAGGUGAAGCAGGAGGAGAAAAGGAAGAAGCUGGCAGCUGCUGCUGCCCAGCUGGAAGGCAGGAAUGCUGACGGGUUGGUGAUAGCCAGUCGAUUUCACCCGUGUCCAGUCCUAAUGGGCCUGCUCAAAUUCCUCUCCCCCUCCAGGCCUUUUGUAGUCUACUCCCAAUACAAAGAGCCUCUUAUCGAGUGCUACACAAAACUCAAGGAACAUGGCGGCACCGUGAACCUCAGACUCACAGACACCUGGCUCAGACAUUAUCAGGUGUUGCCUAACAGGACACAUCCUGUGCUGCUGAUGAGCGGGGGCGGGGGCUACCUCCUCUCAGGAACAACAGUUGCCGGGGACCGCUCCAAACCCGCAGGCUCCCAGCGAGCUGGGGAACCAGCACCAAAGAGACCGAAACUGACGGACACCGAAGGAUAAACAAAUACAGAAGCAUCAAAUCGUUUAAGGGCACAUUACCAAUGACCUGUAGGGAUUUUCCUCCAGCAUUGACUUCUUAUUCUGCUGAACUGAUUUGACACAUCUGGAAUAAGCGAGACUGAGUGUCUGGUUUGCAUUCAUCAGAUUAUUUUCUCCCGUCUUGUGUAUUCAGAUCAGUGCAGAUGUAGGCGUAAUGCUGAGAAGUCAACUAUAAGCCAUUUUAGGCAGUAUGAGCUCGGUGUAUGUUUUACGUAAGGAACUGCUGAAAUAAUGUUUUGUGUUGAGAGUGACAAAUUUGCGUCUUGUGCCUCGAGACUAGGUGUAAAAACUGUUUUUUUUUCCCCCCAGUAAAUACUCUCUAGCUUGUAGGUUAUAACUUUUUUAUUAUGUUAUCCCUGCAGAAAGUGCCAUUUGUUAUACAAACAGUUGCUAAUGCAGCUUCACUGUGGGUUACACCUGUAUCUGCACAGAAUUAAAAAGACUAAGUCUCCUGAUAUAUGAA